UCAGUAGGUGGCGGUAAUGCACCGAAAAGUUGUAUGCCAUCCGCCAUUAAACACCAAGAAGAAGAAGAAGAAGAAGAAGAGCAGCGGCGGCCGUGAACAUGGCGGACAACAGGGAGAAAGGUUUACAAGAUUACAGAAAGAAAUUACUGGAGCAUAAAGAGAUUGACGGACGCCUCAAAGAGCUGAGAGAACAGCUGAAGGAGCUCACUAAACAGUAUGAGAAGUCUGAGAAUGAUCUGAAAGCUUUACAGAGUGUGGGACAGAUUGUUGGUGAGGUGCUGAAACAACUGACAGAGGAGAAAUUUAUUGUCAAAGCAACUAAUGGCCCACGUUAUGUGGUUGGAUGUCGCAGACAGCUGGAUAAAACCAAGCUUAAACCAGGCACUAGAGUUGCUCUGGACAUGACGACUCUCACUAUCAUGAGGUAUUUGCCUCGUGAAGUGGAUCCUCUAGUGUACAACAUGUCUCAUGAAGAUCCUGGCAGCGUUUCUUACUCUGAGAUCGGUGGAUUGUCUGAGCAGAUCCGUGAGCUGAGAGAGGUAAUUGAGCUGCCUCUGACCAAUCCUGAGCUGUUCCAGAGGGUGGGCAUUAUUCCUCCUAAGGGCUGCCUGCUGUACGGACCUCCAGGCACUGGAAAGACUCUUCUUGCCCGAGCUGUGGCCAGUCAGCUGGACUGCAAUUUCUUAAAGGUUGUGUCCAGCUCCAUUGUUGACAAGUACAUUGGUGAGAGUGCCCGACUCAUCAGAGAGAUGUUCAACUACGCCAGAGACCAUCAGCCCUGCAUUAUCUUCAUGGAUGAGAUCGAUGCUAUUGGUGGACGUCGGUUUUCUGAAGGAACCUCUGCAGAUCGAGAGAUCCAGAGGACACUGAUGGAGCUGUUGAAUCAGAUGGAUGGAUUUGACACUCUGCAUAGAGUCAAGAUGAUCAUGGCCACCAACCGGCCGGACACUUUAGACCCUGCCCUGCUGCGUCCUGGCCGACUGGACAGAAAGAUCCACAUUGAGUUGCCCAAUGAACAGGCUCGACUGGACAUCCUGAAGAUCCACUCUGGGCCCAUCACCAAGCAUGGAGAGAUAGAUUAUGAAGCCAUCGUCAAGCUUUCAGACGGUUUCAAUGGAGCCGAUUUGAGGAAUGUGUGCACUGAAGCUGGUAUGUUUGCCAUCCGUGCCGAUCACGAGUACGUGACUCAGGAGGAUUUCAUGAAAGCUGUGAGGAAGGUGGCAGACUCCAAGAAGCUGGAGUCCAAACUCGACUACAAGCCUGUAUAAAACCACAUUUUUUGUGCAAAUUAUAAAUGUGAGGGGUUUUCGGUCAGUAAACAGUACUGUCCAUGGACACAACACUUUUUUUUUUGUUUUGUUACUGCAAUAGUUUUUUUUUCUUAUCAAUAUUUUAAAGCAUUCUGAUGAUCCAUUUCCAUUACUACCAUCAAGUGACUUCAGCUAUUCAGUUAAUGCAUUGUUUAGCCCCAGUUUGAUAAAAAAUAUUUACCUGUUGGCCAAGUGUAGACUUGUAAGAUGAUACGGCUCUAGAAAUCUGUGUGAUCCGUUAUAUAAACUGUGUGUGCCUGGCCUGCUUUUCCACAUCAUUAAAGUCAAUGAUUAAAGAAAUAAGAUAACCUCCCACUGUAUCUCUCCAAAACUCCACAAUGAUUCCUUCUGAAAUGUAUAUUUGUUAGUUAAACCAAUAUAUUGACAAAAAUAAAUAAAUAUCCUAUUCAACUUAAAA